AUGGGGAAGCCCAAGGCUAAGCCAGCUACCAAGGGGGAGGGCAAAGGGGACAAACCGGCUACUCGGAGACAACGUGAGGAGCUGGUGGGACGGGUGGGAAUAACAUCACCUGGGGAGGCGGCGGGGGAACAGGAGCCGGUGGAGGGCGAGGCGGCUGCGGCCGCGGCGGCAAGGGGAAGUGGCGCAAUGGGGAAUGAGUCAGAGGCGGCUGUGAUGGUUGAGGCGGCGGCGGCGGCUGCGGGGCUGGAGGGGGUUGCUGCUGAGGCGAUUGAGAUGGUGGCUGCUGCUGAGCUUGGCGGGCCUGACGCUGCCUCUGGCAGCGGCUCAGCCUCACCCUUUGCCAUCCCCCAGGCGUGGCAACCGGAGGAGCCAGGACCACCAGUGGCUCAGGAACGGACAGAGGCGGUGGAGAUGGCGGCGCCACCGGAACCUGUAACGGCGCUUGUGCUGGCUGCGGCGGUGGCAGCGGCGUCAGGGGAACAGGGCGAAGCCAGGACCGAGGAGGGUGCGUCGGUUGACGGUGCGAACGUCGAAGCCUCUGCUGCUGCCGAGGGCGCAAGCACGCAGGGACACGUCCUGGGGGGGAGCGGUAGACAGGGUCGCGGAGCUGGCAGGACUGCUGGCGUCGGCCGCGAGAAGACGACGCUUCGAGCCCAGCCGGCACCGAGGCGGCCCGGAGCAGGGCUGGGACUUGGUCCCCCGGGACCCCUCCUAGGCUGGCUUCUGCAAGGGCAGUUGCCACAAGGGCAAGAGCGUCACUUGCCAUCUAUGGGGACAAGCGACGGGAGAAGGGAAGCAAGAGACGGGAUCAGGCUAGCACCAACACCAAUCAUCACGACAGGGAACGCAGUGGCGGGACCAUCAAUGCAACAACCACCGCGUUGGGAUUCGCAGAACUCGACGGGGGGAGAGGAGAGAACAACCACGGCUACUGCCACGGCUCAACAGACCCCACGGCGUGAAACCCGCAGCUCUACAAGGGCGCAAGGCAUCACCUGGGGCCAGCCAAGGGCUGGCCAGGCAACGCCGAUGCUGGCGCCGUGGAUCCCGGCGGGAAGACCACAACAGGCAGGCCGAGGCGAGCAGAACGCCGGCCCUAGGGGGGGAGAAACGGCUCGCGGAGCAAGGGGAGGAGUGCGAGGGGCCAGAGGGGGACAGGGCGAAAGAGGCCCAAUUGUCGGCGGAAGGGUCGCGCCCGUGAGAACGGGAACGUGGCGAGAACGCCACGAGCGACCGGAGCAAGCGGAGCCUGCAACGAAUCACGAUGAAGAUGAUGCAAACACCGAUGAGAGGGGCGAUUAUGUAGCUAAAUCAGCGGAGCCAUCAGAAGAAAUCUCGUUGGAGGACGAGGAGGGAGUACACAGAGAGAGAAGAGCUGGGGAGCGAAGGAGAACCCAGAACAAUGGGGUAAACCCUCAGGGCGAUAACCCGCAAGGUACGAGAAUUGGGAACGAGGAAGCGCCAGGAGUAAGGGGAAACCCUUAG